AUCCUCGCAGCAGGGAGCAGACGCUGGGGAUGGCAGUGCCAGCAGCGCGGCAGCAGGGACACCCUCCAGCAAAGACUUCAGCCUCUCCUUGCUGGACACUAACUUACCAGCUGAAGCAGAGACUGAAUUGCGCAGUUUUAUCGCUAAGCGUCUUACUAAAGGAGCCCUGUUUGAAGGAAUGGGCAAUGUAGCAUCAGUGGGCCUGAGCAUACCAGAAUAUAAAGUUGGUUGUUAUUACUGUCGUUUCCAACAAGAAAAUCUUACAGAAGUGGCAACACUGGAAUCAGACAUCAAUGCUCCAGAAUAUGUGGUUUGUUUCUUAGGUGGCUCAGAGAAAGGUCUGGAACUUUUCAGACUUGAGCUGGACAAAUAUGUUCAAAGCCUGAAGAUAAACCUUGAUUUGGAGCAAAAAACCUUGGAGACCUAUGUUAACCCCUACUUGAGAAGCUGGUUUGAGAAUGCCGUAUGCCCUAUUCAGAGAGUAGUUCUGCUCUUCCAGGAGAAACUCGCCUUUUUGUUGCACGCCGCUUUGAGUUAUACUCCUGUGGAAGUCAAAAAUGCAGAUGAAAGAACAGAAAAAGACAUCAGCAGGUUUCUGGCAGCUGCCAGCCUCCAAGGACUUGUUCAGGAAGGCACAAUGACCUCCUUGUGUAUUGCCAUGACUGAGGAACAGCACAAGUCAAUGAUUAUAGACUGUAGUGGACCUCAGCCUCAGUUGCAUAACGCAGGAAGCAACAGAUUCUGUGAGGACUGGAUGCAAGCUUUUGUGAAUGGUGCUGAAGGUGGAAAUCCAUUUAUCUUCCAGCAGAUUUUGGAAAACUUUAAAUUGAAGGCUAUACAAGACAUUAACAACCUGAAGAGGUUUAUCCGCCAGGCUGAAAUGAACCACUAUGCCUUGUUCAAGUGUUACAUGUUUCUAAAGAACUGUGGCAGUGGAGACAUCCUUUUGAAGAUUGUUAAAGUGGAACAUGCAGAAAUGCCAGAAGCCAGAAAUGUAGUGACUGUCCUUGAGGAAUUCAUGAGAGAAACAUCAGUGGCUUAA